CAGGCUGUUAUGUAUUGACUUGGAAGUGUUGUUUCUCGUUUGCAUAUUGCAUUGUUUGGUAUGCUCUACUUUUUGUUGCCCUUCUCCGUGCGGUGUGGAGGUGUGAUUGGUCAGCGGAUGAAUAUCAUUGUGAUGAGGCUUGUUCAGGAAAUAAAAACACGCUAACAAAAGUAACGUGAAUCUGUGCUCUUUACAAAGGUUAUGUAAGAGAAUAAACAUAACAAAAUUGGCGACGAGACUUAAAAAGGACCCUAAGAAUGCGGAGGAGGAACGGACACAAGUGAAUAGUGCUUCAUGGACUUGGUUGUGUGGACGUAAGUUUCGUCUGCUCGCCCCGGAUUCUGCUCUGAUCAAGCUAGCCGGAGGUGAGGACGGGUGUCGCUCAGGACCAAGGUAAAAGUGAACGGACGCCAAGAAAAGUGAAAAAAAUGUCCGGAAUCUUGGGAAAUAUGGACAUAUUUGACAGUUCGGUAGAAGACUGGACAACUUAUGUGGAAAGAGUUGAGCAGUACUGCCUAGCUAAUGAGAUACAGGACGAAAGAAAAGUAGCUGUCCUACUCAGUGUCAUGGGCGCCAAAAUGUAUAACUUACUCCGCAGCCUGGUCGCCCCAGCUAAACCGGCAGACAAAACAUUUGAUGAAAUAAUGCAGAUAAUGAAAAGUCAUCUAAACCCAGCUCCAUUGGUGAUUGCUGAGCGCUUUAGAUUUCACAAGAGAAACCAGUCAAGGACGGAGACGGUGUCAGAGUACAUCGCAGAACUGAGGAAACUGGCCGAACACUGUCAGUUCAGAGACGGACUUUCAGAUGCUCUGAGGGACAGGUUCGUGUGCGGGCUGCACAACGAGAGCAUUCAGAAACGGCUUUUGACGGAGGACAAACUCACCUUGCAACGAGCAGUGGAAAUAGCUGUUUCAGCGGAGACAGCAGCAAGGGAUGCGACGGAGCUUCAAGUCCAAAGAAAGGUGUUCCUGCUAUGGCCGCCGCUCGUUUACAACGUUGGGCUCUCUUUCUUGGAGCACACACCUAUACCAUAGACUAUAAAGGGACGAAACUACACGGAAAUGCAGAUGGUCUCUCUCGCCUUCCUCAACCACUGACAGAGAAGGCUACUGAUCCUGCUUUAAAUCUUCACAUGCUGCAAACGA